AUGGAUAAGUUUUUUAUAGAGGGCUCAAACUCUUCGAAACCAAGAGGCCGCACUCGCACAUGCCCCGCCUGCGGCAAGGUUUUCAGCUCCGGUAGGGCUUUUGGAGGUCACUGGAGGUAUCACCUGCAGCAGGAUUCCCGCCGCGGAGAAAAACACAGCUUCUUCCAAAGAACUGGGGACAAGUUCAAGGCGAAAGCACGGGGCGGAAAGCGCUCCUUCACUGCGGCAACGACGAUGAAUACGACGGCAAUGAGGAAUGAUGAUGAGGAUCAAGAUCGAUACGACAAAACAAUAUAUUGUUGCGUGUGCAACAAGACAUUUUUUUCGCUGCGGUCGUUGUCGGGGCACAUGAGAUCCCACCCCGAAAGGGUUUGGAGGGGCAUUCAGCCUCCGGCAGCUCCACCCCCCAACCGAAUGAGCAGUUCUUCAUCCGAGGAUGCUCGGAACCAGGAUCAUUGGAGCGAGAUCGAAAUAUCGCCCGUCGAUUUGUUGGAGCACUUCCCGUGGAGCUGGUCCAAGACCGGUAAGAGGGGGAGGAAAAGCUCCGCGGUUGCUGCUGCGGUUGAUGGUCUUAUUGACCUGUCCCGCGGCCGAGAAUCUUCUAGAAAGUUCGAGAAGUCAAUAGCGGACCCGUCGCCACUCACCUCCGAGGAUCGGAUCGCGAAGCAGCUGAAAAUUAAAUCCGUCUCCGGGAAAGGUACUUUGUUGAGGAUUAGUCAUACUUAUGAUCACCAAGAAAAGGAAGACACAAAGGAUAUGAAAGGUAAGAAGAUUGAUAAUGUUACUACUACUAAUUGGUACAAGUGUAGCAGCUGUGAGAAAUCUUUCUCUACAUUCCAAGCCUUGGGAGGACACAGAUCCAUUCACACCAAGAAGAUAAUUAGUACUACUCCGAAAAUGGCUGAGAAAGAAAUCAGCACCACUAAUGCUAGCGAUUUGAUCACGGGAUCAACAACUCAACUAGCCGAUCACUCGAGCCCGGAAAUCACAAUGUCAUCGUCAGGAUUUGGUAUUCGAGGUGGUCAGAGCGGUCGUACAUUGCUGGAUUUUGAUCUGAAUGAGCUGCCUUUUGGUAUGGCGUAG